CAGUGCCUCGCUCUCGUUCUUUGUCUGUCGUUAUACCACUCCUUCUGCUUAUUCCCUCCCUACGUGUGGCUAUUGUCGUCCUACUACAUCUUGCUGGUUAUGUCGAGAGCACCCAAUAAGAAGCCUAGUUAUCCUUUCGCCGGACCGAAUACUUUACGAGGUCGAUCCUCGCCUCUUGGAUCUUCUGCCGCUACCCGCGGGCCUCCCAUGCCUGCAUCCGCUCAUAUGCAAAACUUAAAUUCUAGCUCAACAGCGAAUCUGCUGAGUCCUCUCCGGACAGCAAACUCGAGUUCUGUUUCACUCAAGAGCCCACAAUCGUCAAAUUCAUUAGGGGCAUCUAUCUCUGACAAGUAUUCCCUCUCUGCUGAUCCGAAUGCUUGGGGGACUGAAGUGCUCCCCGGACACGCGGAGCCUGACGACUAUUUGCACAAUCCCGACCCUCGCCGUGAUCUCAAGAGAGACCGCGGUGGAUCAAUUCUUACCGCCAGAGGCAUAGCAAAUCUUGGUUUCUUAGUAUUUCUUGGGAUGGCACUUAUUACUCUUUUCGCUGGCUAUCCUCUGUUAUCACAUUUCCUUGCUAAAGCACCUACUAAGCUUGGCGGCUACAACAUUGGUGGCAUAAAUGCGACAGGACAAGUGCCUGAGAUUGGGGGCCACUUUGCUCUGAUAGAUCCCGAAACACCUCAUUCGGCAUACAAAUUCAAAGCACACGCUGAUGGUUCAGAAUGGGACUUGGUUUUUUCCGAUGAGUUCAAUGAUCCUAACAGAACAUUCUAUGCCGGCGAUGACCCUUACUGGGAAGCUGUCGAUCUACACUACUGGCAAACGGGUGAUUUGGAAUGGUAUGAUCCAAGCGCCGUGAUCACCAACGACAUCGGAAGCUUGCAAAUUUCCUUGGACAAGGUGGAGACUCAUAACCUCACGUACAAAGGGGGUCACCUCUCGACCUGGAAUAAGUUUUGCUUUACUGGUGGUUAUCUUGAGGUCAACGUUUCGCUUCCUGGAGACCCUCGCUAUGGAGGGCUGUGGCCCGCUGUCUGGAUGUUAGGGAAUCUGGGGCGCGCAGGUUAUGGCGCUUCUCUCGAAGGAAUGUGGCCGUACAGUUAUGACUCGUGUGAUUGGGGGACACUACCAAAUCAGACAUAUUUUAGUCAGCCGGCAGCCGCUCUCACUGGAAAUGAUAAGUAUCACAAUGGCACUCUCUCGUUCCUGACCGGUCAACGACUCUCCGCUUGCACUUGUCCCGGGGAAGAGCACCCAGGGCCUACCAGAAGUGAUGGAUCAUUUGUUGGUCGUUCUGCGCCGGAAUUAGAUCUUUUCGAGGCCAUUGUCGGUGAUUUCAUCGAUGACAAUGGCAAUCCCCUCCACCUUGGGCAGGUGUCUCAAAGUUGCCAAUUUGCCCCUUUCACUCUUAAGUACGCCUGGAAAAAUGGUACAAAUGAUUGCACGGUAUACAACGCGAGUGAUACAGUCCUCAAUCCUUACACGGGCGGAGUGUAUCAAAUGGCUGUGUCAGGACUCUCAAAUACCACCCAGGUGGGAUACCAACUGCCUAAGAUGGGUUUUUCUACAUUUGGAGUUGAGUACGAACCGGGCGCCGACGGAUACGUAACUUGGUACCAAGAUGGGAAACCGACGUGGACAAUACGCCCAAGCACCGUUGGCCCCGAUCCUGGAGCGAACAUCAGUCAACGUCUUAUUCCUGCCGAGCCGCUACAUAUUAUAAUGAAUUUAGGCAUAAGUUACGCUUUUGGCAAGCCCUCUCCCUUGCUCACGUUUCCAUCGAUCAUGAACAUCGACUACGUUCGUGUAUAUCAAGAUCCUGGAAAAUCGAAUAUUGGUUGCAGUCCCCCAAACUUCCCCACAGAAGCCUACAUCAAUAAGUAUAUUGGGGCGUACACGAACCCAAACUAUACGACUUGGCAAGCCCAGGCAACAGGAGGAAGCUUCAACCAAAGCUUCCCAAAAAAUCGGUUGGUUGACCAGUGUUAGAGUCUCAAACUCUUGUUGCACGCAUCGAUGGUAGAAUCAUUGUGGACACAUCUUUUGCCGCUAUCGACACUCUGUAUUACCUUUACACUCAUUCUGCUCUCCCCCGAGUUCGGUAUUCGUCCCAUGGACUCAUUACGCACGCACCUAGUCUACGCCUAAUUAAUACCCUUCAUUGAGCCUUGCAGUACCGUCAUUUUGAACAACGCCUGGGGAAGUGUGAACUCAAGCACGAACCCUAGCAUUGUACCAUCGUUUCCAGCUAGUAGAUCAUUUUCAUUCAAUAGAUGGGUUUCAUGUCUUGUG